AUCUUUAUAAAGAUCAAUAUAAUGUUCACUUCCUGACGAGAAUCUGAUAUGAUUGAUUCAAGUAACGAUGUUCAAUUUCAUGUUUCACAUGAAGUUCCUGUUAAACGCAAAAAUGGGUUUGCUAAGCUUGCAACAUUAUGUGGUUUUAAUCUGUGCGAAGAAAAAACACAGUUAAAGCGAAAUAUAAAAGAGGAGUUAUCCUUUUUCAAUUAUACUAUAAAAGCAAAAACUUGGAAAUUCGAUGAAUUUUGGUACAAGUAUGAAAACGAUAUUCCAAUUUUAGCCUCUAAAGCAAGAGAGGUAUAUACUUCACCUGCUAGUUCGGUACGGCCAGAAUCCUCAUUUAGUGUUGCUAACUUUAUUCAUCGCAAAGAAAGAAGUAACUUAAGCUCAAGAAACUUGCGGUACUCGAUGCUACUUAAAGAGAAGAAUUGAAAUUUUACUUUAAAACUUUGUAUUUAACUGAAAAUGAGGAAAAGUAUUUUAACCAUUAUUUUAAAAAGUAUUUUGCUUUUUUGAA